AAGGACUGACAGAGAAGACUUUGCCCGGAUGCAAGUCCUGGAUGCUAAGCCAUGGACUUCGAAGAUUCCAUGGUGUUCUCGUUGAUCGAAGUAGAGAAGCUCUUACCACGAUCCUUGCGAGACAACAUGCUGCCUGUGGAACAUGAGAAUGCACAACUUUUGGCAGCAGUGAUUCAGAGCAGCUUAUCUGCAAGGCAACUGCAAUGUCUGAACGCUUCUCUCAAAGCGUCCAUGACCACGCGAUCGAAAACGCCCAUGACAACGAUGCUCUCGUCACCGAAGGAGCAAAGGCCCGCGACGCCGGCCAUGGGUGAUGCCCUUCGCCCUCUUCGCCCUCUUCGUGACCCUAGUAGCGAUGACCUCCACCCUAGCAUGCUCACUUUGAAGGAACUGCGUGAAAUGGCAGGCCUGAAACGUGAAAGGGACAGAAGUGACAGAGACGAGGAUGAUGACGAUGAUAGAGCCGAUAGAGCCGAUGACGGUGGUGAAGGGACAUUUCUGGAGGAAGAUGUGACAGGGAUGGAGGAACACUUGGCGCUGAGCGUGGCUGAAGUGGUCGCCUUGUUGAUAUCCUUGCGCACAGCAAAGAAUGAAAAGGCACGGAGAGAAGCUCAUUGGGCAGAGGAACAAGCGGCAACUGUAGAAGAAUUGCGCUUUGCUUAUGAAGAGUGUCUCCAAAAUACUAGGGUAAAGCAAGAACAAGCUGAAACAUUUGCACGAGUGCUCAAGGAACCUUUGGACACAAGGGACGAAGAUGGCGACCGUUUUUGUGCUUGGAGAGAUGCCAAACUCAAAGCGCUAAGUGUGAGAGAACGAUACGAACAAGAAGUUCUUUGUUGGCAAGAAAGCCUGGAUGGGACUUUGGCCCAUUUACAGCAGGAGUUCCUUUUGGAAGAGCAAGUUUUAGCUGAGUGUUGCGAAAAGCUUGGCACCGUUGAGCGAGAGGCCGAGAUGGGAACUGAGAGUCGAGAAGUGCUUCGGGAACGACGUUGGGAGGUUGAGCAACUGGAGACCUUGCGGAAGCGCUUAGAAGAUCAGAGGCGAGAGGAGGUGGAGAAAAGCGAAGAAAGCCAAUUGCAAUAUCACCGGGAGACUCUUCAUUUUGAAGGUCAGAUUCAACGCUGCGCUGAUCUUCAGCAGGAAUUGACUGGGAAGGCUUGGAGUAUGUCCAAUCACCUGCAGAAGAAGUUGCUCGAGACUGAAGCCAUGCAUGAAGCACUUGAGGAGGAAGCAGCAUCUGAAUUGGCAUUUUCCAAAGCCCAGUCUGAGCUGCGUGAGUUGGAGAAGGAAGAGGCUGAGGCGGCUGAUGCCCGAUGGGCAUAUGUAAAGGCUGAAAAGGCUCUUGCUCCGAAACAGAGGGAAGUGGCAGAGGCAUUGAACGAAUCCUUGGAAUUGCGAAGAAGCUUGGCAUUUGCAUCUCGUGAGAACCAGGCGGCAGAAACGAGCGAAGCACGCGCGCUUCGAGACUUUCAACUCUCGCGCAAACGGAAUGCCAGUCUUCGCGAGUCGUUGAAAGGGGAACAGGCUUGCCUGGCGGAGCUUCGAGAAUCCCACAAAGAGCUCGAAGCAAAGGAUCGGAAAGUGCUGCAAGAAAGGAAGCUGGAAGCUCGUUUUUUGCAGUCAGAGGAAAGGCAUGGUGAGCUGGAUGCACUUCGAGGUGCUCUUCGAGCAGAAACAUCACAAAUUAAGACGGAGGCCGAGGCAGCCCGUCGGCUGCGGGUGGAGUUGCGGGCGAUGCGGGCACAGCAACGGCACCGCGAGCGCGUGCGACAAAGGACACCGGACCAGGUUCCAUCAGACCUGGGGUCCUUCGUGUCGGGUCGGCGAUGGGAAACGACACCCACGGCACCCACGGCAGACGACGCGUCCGUCCAUGCGGUCGUUCCGAGCGAAAUGGAGCGCAGGGAGGAGACGAGAACUCCUGAGCUGGAGAACAUGCAAAGACGAUUUGAGAGACGGGAGCGAGAGCUGCGAACUUUGAGGGCUUCCUUGUGUGUCUUAAGCUCAGACAUGGGGCAUCAGUGGUUUCAUGAUGGAAAGCAUCCAGAGAUCAACGAAAAUGGAAGCAGUUACAGUUGCCGUUUGACGAAAGCGCCGUUAGGAUUCUUUAGGAAAGUGGUGAUCGUGGGGACGGGCUGGGCCAGUUUCCGUGUAUUGGCAGAUAUCGACAGCAAGAAGAACGACGUCACAGUGCUCUCUCCACGAAACCACCUGCUCUUUACACCGAUGCUGGCAUCGUCCGCCUUGGGAACCGUGAACCAAAGGUCUAUUUGCCAGCCUGUGAGACCCCUGGUGGCCAAAAAGGAGGCCACGUACUACGAAAGCUCUGUGGUUGGUGUUGACAAGGAGAAGAAGGUAGUGAGAUGCAUGACCUUGGGUGGGCAGGAGUAUGACCUGCCGUAUGACAAGUUGGUGGUUGGGAUAGGAUUUCAGCCGAAUGACUUCAACAUUCCAGGAGUGAAAGAAAACGCCUUGUUCAUGAAGGAAACGGCAGAUGCCACGCGCUUUAAGGACCACAUUUUGGAGAAGUUGGAGGAAGCAGCCUACACCAAUGCCUUAGACAACGACUUGAGAUUGAGUGAAGAGGAAAAAUGGAGAAUUCAGGAGCUCUUGACCUUCAUUGUGGUUGGUGGUGGUCCGACCGGUGUGGAACUUGCAGGUGAAUUGACCGACUUUUUGUACAAUGAGGUGGCGCAUUUGUACAAAGACCUGAAGCCUUUCAUCCGCGUGCACAUGUUCACAUAUGAUUUGUUGAACACCUUUGACCAAAAGCUCCAAGACUAUGCCCUGACUCAUUUGAGAAAGAAGCAGAAUGUACAGGUUCAUUUGGGUGCCUUCGUCCAAAAGGUGGAGCCAAGUGUGGUUCAUGUGAAGCUUGGGGAAAGUGCCAUGUCAAUUCGCUAUGGCACGCUAGUCUGGUGCGCUGGGAUUAAGCCUCACCCCUUUGUCACACAAUUUGGCUUCAUGAUGAAUGACAAGGGUACGCAGAUCUUGGUGGAUCCCUACUUAAAGGUCAAGGGAGAGGAUGGUAUUUAUGCUAUCGGCGACUGUGCGACCAUCGAGGACUAUUGGCUACCACAGACAGCUCAAGUGGCAAACCAACAAGGACAAUAUUUGGCAAAGUCACUGAGCGAAGAUGACCAGCAGAAGAUCAAGCCCUUUGAGUUCCACAACAAGGGCACAAUGGCAUAUUUGGGUGGCCUCACGGCAAUCAUGGCCAAUUUGCCUGGAGUCAAUCGUAUAACUGGCUUCGUGGCAUUCUUGGGUUGGCGUUUCACUUAUUGGUUUCUCCAACUAUCAAUGAGGAACCGCUUCAUGUUGAGCACUGAUUGGUUGCGCACCUUUAUCUUUGGACGAGACCUCACACGUUUUGGACCUCGGUCCAAACCGACAUAA